AUGCUACCUUUUGUGUUCAAUGCUGAUGAUGAUGGAAAAAGGGUCCAGAACGAGGAGAGAGGUUAUGACCCUAGCGAUCAUCAACGACAAAUGGAGGAUUAUUACAAGCAAUAUGAAGAGCAGAGGGUGGUCAACUCGUAUCAUAAUACAUCUGGAAGAUCGGAUUUGGCUGCUAUACAAGCACGUCUCGCCCAGACUGAACAAGCUAUACAACGAUUGAAUCAGGAGACAGAGCAACCGAUGUAUCAUCAUGCACCACCCGUCGUUCAAAAUCGUCCAAUUCUACCGGAUUUCCAUAGACCGCCUCCUGGAUUCCCACCUCUUGCUUCAUCAGAACCGUCUGAAAUUCUGCAAACAUCUCAGUCCGGUGGAGAAAAAAGGCGUUCUCGUUCCCCAUCAUGGGCUCGAGACGCACGCCGUUCUCGUUCAAAGAGUCGUGAGCGUCGCUCUGGAAGAAGCAGAAGUCGAUCAGGAUCCCGCCGACGAAGUAGUCGUGACAGACGAGAUGAACGGAGCAGUCGUCGAAGAAGAGAUCAUUCGCGAAGUCGUUCGCCGUCAUCGUCCGCCAAUGGUUCGUCGUACCGCUCGUCAUCCAACCGUCACAGCAGACGACGACGAUCAAGAAGCUCCAGUAGAGAUAGGGAUCGUAACUAUCGGCGGAAUAAUAACUCCAACAACGAUCGUUAUUCGGAAUGGAAUCCAGGAACUCCAUGCAACAAACUUGCUAUCAUGAACAUGCCAAAUGACGUUGAUAACACAAAAAUAACUUUGUCACUCGGAAAUUAUGGAUAUCUCCCUCAAGACGUGCGUACCAUGACAAAAUUCGAUAAAGUUACAAAUAAGAUUCGCACUUUUGCAUUUGUUGAGUUUUCUAGUCAAGAAACUGCUGAAAAGUGGAUGGCAGAUUAUCAGGGUUAUCUGACGCUUGAUGAUGGUAGAACAUUGACAGUUGAGUACGCAAAAGGAGAUCCGGCAGCUGGAAGCGGCAAUAAAAGUGACGAUUGGAUUUGUGCUCAUUGCUCCAUGAACAACUUCGUAAAAAGACACACCUGCUUUAAAUGCGAAAUCUCUCGAGAACAAUCGAUGGAGCUUGAGAGAGUCGGAGCUCAUAUGGUCGGAAUCAUUCCUUGUGAUACUCUUUUAAUGCGUGGCCUCCCCGAUGGAAUCACGAAUAACCUAAUCUUUGACAGUCUUGGAGCUCUUGUAUGUCUCAGUUCGAUAAGCAUGAUCAAGUUAUCCGAUUCGAAGAGAUUCGCGUAUAUACAGAUGAAAAGUACGGACGAGGCGAAGAUGUUGCUCAAUUUGACAUUCAAGACAGCGAUUAAAAUUAAGGAUAAGGAAGUACAAAUCUCGUGGUGCCGCGAUUCCAUGUCAAAGCUCAUUCAACAACAGAUGACAAUGCUCACCACUAACCCUGGAAAGAAUUCCGUUGCUGGGAAUGCAGCACAAGGGAACAUGACGGGAGCUGAAAUCGCAGCGGCUGCAAUGUCAAAGGCUCACGCUGUACGACAAGCUAGUCAUCAAGUUGGGCAGAUUAUGACUGGACUACCGGUACCUGCCGCCAGCAUGAUCCCACCGAAUUUCAAUGUACCCCCACCCAAUAUGUCAAUGCCACCACCAAUGCAGCCUGCUCAACCGGAACAUCAAAACGGAGUUAUUGGAACAGUUCAGACACCUAAAGGACUCUUGCAUAAAUAUUUGCCUCCGAAUCCAUUAACUUUCGUCCACGACCCGAAUGUCGGUUACUAUAUUGAUCCGAUUACCAAGUUCUGCUACGAUCAGGCAACUGGAUACUACUUCAACAACGCCACUGCACAAUGGUGCACUUGGGAUCUCACCUAUCAAACAUAUUUCCCUGUUGAAACACCUGCUCCUACUGCGGCUGAAUCAGAGGCACCAGAAGAAGAGAAACGGAAAAAGAGUGAGGAUGGUGUACCCAAGACAGCUCAGGAUUUAGUGAAAGAUAUGGCGAAAUGGGCGAAGAAACAAGAGAAAGAUAAGAAGAAAGUGCAGAUUUCACUCAAAGGAAAGGAUACGAAGGGUAUCGAGUUGAAGAAUGUUUUCUCGCAAGAAAAACAACGAAAAUUGGCACCAUCCGCAUUAGAAGAAGACGAGGAGGAAGAGCAAGAAGUGAAAGAAGAAAUUCGUAGUCGUGUUUCAGAAGAGCCUUCAACAUCAUCUUCCUUCAAUUCAACUCCACUUGCUCCUAAAAAACCAUCUCUUCGGGAGGUUCAAGAGGCUAUGGAACGAGCGCUUUACGAUGAAGCCAAGAAGACGUGCAUUCUGUGUAAGCGAGCAUUCUCCGAUGUUGAGAUUCUCAGGAAACACGUGGAAAAGAGCGACUUGCAUAGAAAAAAUCUUGAAGCUAAACGAGCAGAGUGGGGAAGAGAAACCGCUGCGAAACUGAAAGAAGAAGAGGAAGCGGCCCCAGAUCUUGGGAAAAUCGUUUAUCGUGAUCGAGCAAAGGAACGUCGUCGCCAGUUUGGAUUGGAUUCCACUGGUUACGCAUUCGAUGUGAUGGGCGGUCAGCCUGGUUCUUCCUCUUCUGGACGAAGCGAAGAUGCUAUUCGUAGAGAAAGUGAAGAAGCUUCGAAGCGUCCUCUUGAUGAUUCCAAUAUAGGCAACCGUUUGUUGAAGAGUAUGGGAUGGAAAGAAGGGCAAGGUGUUGGAAAGCAUGGACAAGGAAUAGUCAAUCCAAUACAAGCUGAGAGAUUCGUUCAAGGAGCCGGUCUUGGUGCUGCUGGAUCUAAAAUGAGACAUGGCGCUGAAGCAACUCAUAAGGAGAAGACCCGUCAAGCACUCUACAGCCGGUACCACGACACCUAA